ACUCGUUUAAUACGUGUAGUAGUAAUAUGUGUCGAAACUAGCGGUUUAUUUUGUGCAGCACACUCGUCCGUUGGAGCAGCAAAAUGUUCGUGCAACAAUUCCACAUUAUCACAGCAACUUUUAUAGAUUUAUUUACGAAUUUCCCAAUUUGAAACCGAAUCUUCAGUAUGACUGGAAAAGAUGCAGUUGUAUUAGCGAAAUGGGCGGUAGCGCUCUUCAUGGCACUAGCGAUGAUCUCGGUGAACAUGGUGGAUUCUUACCCACGUCCACAGGCGUAUCCAGGAAAAUCUGAAGUUUCGGUCGAAAGAAACGAAAGCGCACCACUGCUGUUGGAGGUGUAUUACGAAUCCUUGUGUCCUGAUAGCGUGGACUUCCUGUUGCGGCAGCUGCUGCCAGUUACGCGGAAGAUCGGCAACAUCGUUCGGGUUGAGCUGAUACCAUUUGGAAAAGCAACGUGGCAUCGAUUAGGGGCAGAAUACAUUUUCCGGUGCCACCAUGGGCCUCCAGAAUGCAAGGGCAAUCGCAUACAGACAUGUGGAUAUCAUUUUCUAAAGCAGCAAAACGAAACUGCAGCAUUGGAAUUCGUUUACUGCACAAUGCAGGCUUACGAUCCGUCCACAGUUGCCGAAAGAUGUGCCAAGAAAUCUGGUUUCAGUGGAAAAGCCUUACUGGAUUGCACUAGAAACUCAGCCGGAAGCCAUCUACAGCACAAAAUGGCUCUGAAAACCGAAGCUUUAAAGCCGAAACUGACAUGGGUUCCAUGGCUUGUUAUUGAUGGUGUGCAUAAUGAUCACAUACAACGUCUGGGAACCAGCAACUUGCUUCAUUUGUUGUGUUCCAUGUACAAGGGUCACUUACCAAAUAUUGAUAAAGAGCUGCAAAAUGAUAACGACAUCAUCGCAAACCUGUUGCACCUUGCACCAGCAAUGCGCUUAGUUUUGUAUAAAAACAACUCGCACACAAAGUCUUGCAAGUGUGCACGAAUAUCUAAAGUACCGGCAACUGGAACUGCACCUGCAACCAACUCAAAAAUGCUGACUUCCGGUAAAUAUAUGCUGGUGCUGACUAGCUUAACGAUUGUGUUUGCGUGCGCCUCAUCGAAGCUUCAUCACAAGAAGAAUCACCAUUCCCAUCGAAGAAUUCGGGAUGCAGCGCCAGUACUUUUAGAAGUUUAUUAUGAAACACUAUGCCCGGACAGUCGUGCAUUUAUCACAAACCAGCUGUAUCCAACUUUGCAGCAGAUCAACAGCAUUAUGAACGUGUCCAUGAUUCCUUACGGCAAAGCAACGCAAAAACAGGAUGGCGAUAACUGGGUUUUCACCUGCCAACAUGGACCAAGGGAAUGUGUUGGAAACGUAAUUCAAUCUUGUGCUCUGAAAUAUUUGCCGCUGAACAACACUGACCCCGCUACAAAAAUUUCUCGCGUUUUUACCCUAAUUAACUGCAUGGAAGCCGCAAAAGAUCCCUCAUCCGCUGGACCUGAUUGUGCGAGCCAGCAAAGCAUUGACUUUGCACCUAUUGACAAGUGCUCGAAAAGUUCAGAAGGAAACCAGUUGGAACACACUAUGGGAGUGCGAACGGAAUCUCUGGAUCCCAAACUGACUUUUGUGCCCUGGAUGGUCAUCAAUGGCAUUCAUACCGCCAGCAUGCAAUCGCGCGCUUUGUAUGACCUUUUGGGACUCAUCUGUGAUACGUACACUGGACCAAAGCCGGCAGCUUGCAAUGAAUGAUUUGUGCCAAUAAAGAAUUACCGUAUUAAACGACGUCCUUGGACAUACGUUUACAUGGAUUAUAACUGAUUAUCGGACGUGCUUCUUCAAUUCUGCUCUUGUUUAAGAUUAAAAUGUUUAAAUUAUGGCUUAUAAGUUAAGCCUAGCUCAGCAAAUUCUGCCUGUUUAGUCUUCAUUUCUUACAAUCAUGCUCAUUAAAUAACAAUUUCUUUUUA